AUGCCCUCCCGCAUCUCGAAUCCUUCCAGUAAGGUCGAGGCCAGGAUCCAGUGGUCCCAAUUCUCGACAGACGUCGAAGUCGCAGUCUGUGGAAUACCAUUUACGGAUGAAAUGCCCAAGCCGCUUUUUGAGCUGGGCCCAGAAUGGGGUGAGCAGCCUCGCAAGGCACCUCCAUCACCCGCAAAGUCCGACCUGCGAAGGGUUACAGAAGGUUUUCUGCUAAAAGAGAUGGGGCCUCUCCCUGCAGAUCUAGACCGUCGUCCUUUUGGCGAAGAUUGGGUUUGGCCACCGGCACCAACACUUUCGAGAGGUUUCGCGAGUCGCUGCCCAGACCCAAGACCGCGACGGGUUCCCGGGGCUGCAUCGACGAGCAGAGGCCAAAGAGAGCAGCAACUCCAACCGAUUGGAAACCUUCCACCGCUGCAAACAGCCCCCACUUAUCCAAAUUCAAAGAAGGCGGCUUCCACGGCCGACUUGCCCAUGGAGCCAUUAAGAUCGGGUCGUUCUACCGUCGAUUACUUCCCAGCCGACGCCAGGAGCAGCACUAAUUAUAGCAGUGGCUCCUUAAUCCGUUCUGCUGAGCGGAGUCCCAUUAGCCCACUGGAGCCCAUACCCGAGGUUCAAUCGGUUAUGCGCUCGCAGUUUAAAAAGCUCAAGUGGGCAGAUGAGCAGAAAAGCGGAAGGCGGCCAUCCGGAGGUCUCGUUGGGCAAUCCACUGCCCAGGUUCAUGCUGCCCAACCCAUAGGGGCUACUUUUGCACCCUUGCCAUCCGUUAACACGAUCCUCAGGCCCGUCUCGUCGGCCACGACAGCCAAAUCGCCCCUGUCUGCAUUACCCGAGGCACCUCCAACGGCGACAAGCAUUACCUCUCCCAUUUUUGAAAAUAUGAACCCGCUCCCGGCGCUCAGGCGGGCCAUGUCGGACCUGAUUCCGGAAAGGCCGGCAUACCCUUACGAUCCACUACUCGACAACUACGCCCCUGAGCAGCCCUUCCACAUCCAAUGGCGCCGCGGCAGCGUCGAUGGCCAACAAUCGCCUGUAACGACCCACAUGGCCUCGCCACCCAUAAGGUCUUAA